CUCAAAAGAGGCCAUAUCACCCGGUUCGGAGGUAUUUACGUUCGGGGUUAUAAAAAGGCUUGGCUCGCCCCCCUUUUCGGGCACCGAAACCCUAAUUCAUUAUUCUCAAUCAAGGCUUUACCGCCAGAGAGCUGAGAUGCUGAUGAUGAUGAUGAUGAUGUACUACUUAGCCAGCAGAGCGGGUACUUUGUGAUAUCUCGAAUCUCUUAACUCCGCAUGGUUACGGGAGUGUCCGUUUUUUGGAGCUCUUCUCUCCUGUCCUUUCUUCCAUUUUCGGGGCGUUACAAUGCGUUGAAACGCCACGACGCCGAACAUGAAUGUGCCCGAACUAAUCUAUAAUGCCGAAGGAUAAAUAUAUCCAAGUGUCUUAAAUUUCCCAGUUUUAAAUAUUUCUUCCACGAAGAAAUCCUGCCUCAUAGGCCCAAAUCCAUUUGUUGUUAUCUAAGAAACUCCAAACAAGAUCUCUCAAAGCAUAGGCGUGCUAGUCAAAGGGAUCCAGAUACCCACCAUGACCAUGUCUCCGGGCGAUUCCCCUUCCCUUCCACCAACAAUGAAAGCAUGGACUUAUACGAAAGCGGGCUCCCCCCCGGAUAUCCUCCAGCUAUCCACGUCCUACCCCACCCCUUCGCCUUCAGCCCUUGCCCCAACAGAGCUCCUCAUAAAGGUUUCUCAUGCCUCCAUAAAUCCUACCAUGCGGCUCAUCCUGAACGUCUACCCAACCAUCCCGCUUCAGAAGACGACACCACGGGUCGCUGAAUUUGAGUUCUCAGGCGUCGUCGUCGCCCUGUCCGCUAAUGCGGAUGCUGCUCUGCGCGAGGAGUUCCCUCUUGGCUCCCCAGUACUGGGCAUGAAUGAUCCCCUUCAUGAAGUGGCCCGUAAGAGCCGCGGCACCCUAGCGGAAUAUGUCGUUGCGACGGCGGAGAACUUGAUUCGGAAGCCGGAUAAUGUGUCCCUUGAAGAAGCAGCGGGAAUAACGGUCACAGGAUGUACGGCGAUGAACCUUGUUACGAGAGCGGGCGUGAGGAAAGGGGAUAAAGUGCUUAUUAAUGGUGGGAGUUCGGGGACGGGAUUGAUGACCGUGCAGAUUGUGAGAGAUAUUCUGGGAGAAACGGGGAGGGUUGUAGCGACUUGCUCCGGGCGUAAUGAAGAACUGGUUCAGAGCUUAGGGGCUGAUGAGAUCAUCGACUACACCAAGCACGACAGCCUACACAAGUACCUCGCAACCCACUACUCCACCUCUCACUUCGACGUCAUCCUCGACACCAUCGGCAUCCAGUCGCUCUACGACCAUAGUUCCGCCUACCUUUCCCGUCCCACCCGCGACCGCCCGCAAAGGUACCUCAAUAUCGGGCUGCUCUACCCACCCACGACCUUCAUCAACAUCUGCCGCGCCAUCCUUUGGUUUCUGAGGAUCAUGGUUCUUCCAAGCUUCCUAGGUGGAGGUCCCGGUGGCUUUUCUUUUGUGACGACAGGCCCAUCCAAGAUGAGGAUUGAGAAGGUGCGGCGGAUGGUGGAGGAGAGGAAGUUGAGGGCUAUUGUGGAUUCGGUGUGGGAGAUGGACGAUGUGAUGAAGGCUUAUGAGCGCAGUAUGUCGAAGCAUAUGAAGGGAAAAGUCGUUGUGAAGGUUCAGGAGGUAUAGCGAUGGCAAAGGAUUUGCAGGUAUUUUUGGACGGCCGCUGUAAAGGGGAGCUUCCAGAAGUUUUCUAUUUCCAUAAGGUUCUCACCCCGACGUGGGACAGCUGAGGUAUGUAUAUAAACGUAAACUAGUUAUACUAAAUCGUAAUCAAUAAUGAAUUGGGAAAGACGGGAUUGCUCAUGCUCAGCUGCUGGGACUAUUCAAAUACACAACCUUACAUCCUCUACAGAUCCAUGUCAUCCCAGUUCUUCUCAAGCUCAUCUCCACUUGAUAUGAACGGAAACUCUCUGCCCGAAAGAUCCGCUGGUAUUUUAUGCCAGCUGAAUACUAGUGACGCUAAGUAUAGCCAUCGCAAUGAAAGACACGCAGGGCCACUCAUUACCAAAUGAUAUCAAAAUAGAAUCAAAAUCCAUGUUAAAAUUAUCAUGCAUUGCAAAAAAAUUCUUUU